AUGCGAAGGACACUAAUUGGUCCCCCUCAUGACUAUGUAACAGGCAUCACUUGUACAACGGCUACCACAGACGGACGGGAUAUCACGGAGCCCCAUUCGGCUGCCUGCGCCUCCUUCGGCCACAGCGCCCCAAAAUCAAGGAAGCCCAAACCCGCAUUCCAGGUGGCAGCACAAACGACGCAGGGAGGCUGCCACCACGGGCAAGGAGAGUGUGUACCCCAGGACCUGUGCGACCGAGAUGCUGCGGUGACGUCACUCUGUUCAGAGGGUGAAGUGUGUUGCCUGUUGGUUGGGCCAAGAGACAGGUGCGACUCGCCAGAGAACUGUGCAAGAUUCCCCAACAAACCUUGCAGGACGACAGGUGUUUGCAGUAAUGGCGGAGGCAGAUGUUCACAGCGGUGUGGGGACGAUGAGAUACAGCUGUCGAGAUCGUGCGGCAGAGGUUGCGUCUGCUGUGCGCCUGACGACUUUUCCUCCUCCUCAUCAUCGCGAGAGUCGGGCGAGUGCGGGGACACCUUCAUGUGCCGAGCGGCAGGAGGCGACUGCUCGGCCCAGUGCGACGGCGACAGAGAACUGCCACAACCCUGCGGGUUUGGUUGCCGGUGUUGCAUCGGAGGUACUGACGCCGAUGAAUGAAUUUGUAUUUCUUUUCGGCUAGCGGUAGCUGGCAAUUCACUCGGUAGUAAACAGAGUAGUAAACUUAAGUCAACAAUGGAUUUCUAUGCGUCGGGGGAUGUAUGUUGUCGGGGCAUCUAUAG